ACAGCAUCGUUGGCUUUCUUCCGAAGGAGGGCGCCGGAAGUCGGCUUCGCCCGAGGUGGGGAAGGCGGCGACCAGAGUAAAUAAACCCAGGGCUGAGGUUCUUGAUCUUCCACGAUGGGUGAGCCACAGCAAGUGAGUGCCCUUCCGCCACCUCCAAUGCAGUACAUCAAGGAGUACACAGAUGAAAAUAUUCAGGAAGGCUUAGCUCCCAAGCCUCCACCUCCAAUAAAAGACAGUUAUAUGAUGUUUGGCAACCAGUUCCAAUGUGAUGAUCUCAUCAUCCGCCCUUUAGAAAGCCAGGGCAUUGAACGGCUUCAUCCUAUGCAGUUUGAUCACAAGAAAGAACUGAGAAAACUCAAUAUGUCUAUCCUUAUUAAUUUCUUAGACCUCUUAGAUAUUUUGAUAAGGAGCCCUGGGAGUAUAAAACGAGAAGAGAAACUAGAAGAUCUUAAGCUGCUUUUUGUACAUGUGCAUCAUCUCAUAAAUGAAUACCGACCCCACCAAGCAAGAGAGACCCUGAGGGUCAUGAUGGAGGUGCAGAAACGUCAACGCCUUGAAACAGCUGAGAGAUUUCAGAAGCAUCUGGAAAGAGUCAUUGAGAUGAUUCAGAAUUGCUUGGCUUCUUUGCCUGAUGAUUUACCCCAUUCAGAAGCAGGAAUGAGAGUAAAGGCUGAACUAAUGGAUGCUGAUGAUAGCAACAAUUGUACUGGCCAGAAUGAACAACAAAGAGAAAACUCAGGUCACCGGAAAGACCAGAUUAUAGAGAAGGACGCUGCCUUGUGUGUUCUAAUUGAUGAAAUGAACGAAAGACCGUGAAGGGUGUUUCUUUUUCUGUUGUUUUUCUUUUUUCCUUUUAGUAAAUAGCAUCAUAUAUUUGUUAAUUUGCUCUUGGAGAGUCUUAAAAGAGAUUUAAGAGUUAAUGUGAAGAGCCUCAGUCUCCAACUUUAUCAAUUAUGAGAUGUCACAGGCAGUAAUAUGCAGCAAACGUAGGCAAGUGAAUAUGACUACAUUAAGAGUAAUCAAUUUAGCUCUGGCUAGUGUGGCUUAGUGGACUGAGCACUGGCCUGUGGACUGAGAGGCCACUGGUUUGGUUCCCAGUCAGGGCACGUGCCUGGGUUGUGGGCCAGGUUCCCAGUUUGUGCAAGAGGCUACCGAUUGGUGUUUCUCUUGCACAUCAAUGUUUCUUUCCCUUUCUUUCUCCCUCAUUUCCCCUCUAAAAAAAUAAAUAAAUAAAAUAUUUUUUUUAGAAAAGCGUAAUCAACCUAAAAAGCAAAGUACCGCUAUUGUGUGGAACAUUCCUGUUGCAGUAAACGUUGAAGAUGAUACUAACAGCAAACUUUCUCUCUGGAAAAGUAGAUUGGCCAUUUGCUUUAAGAAUGAUGAAUAAAAGAUACCAAGCUGCAUAAGUAUGACAUUAUGAAAUCUUUAUAUUUUACUUAAAAUUUGCUUAAUCUCUAAAAAAUAAUUUUAAUAUGUUAAAAGAGGAACCCCACAGAGUUAUAAAACAGCAGUUUUGUUUGUUCUCUUGACUCCUCCUGUCGUGGCCUCUUGUCUCUGUCCUGCAUGGGUCCCAUGAGUUUUUUCAGUCAUUUAUAUAAUAAGUCCUUCGAUCACUUUUAGUUGCAACCAUUCCUUUUAGUAAUAAAAAUGUUUAUGUAAUUAGCUGUACAUUUUUUAAAAAAUCAAAUUUGUACUUGCUUAAAGCUGGAGGCCCGCAAGGGGAACGUAGUUUCAUGACAGACAGGUAUUCCCUGGAGAGUGCGUGUCCCCUGACAUGUGUGGCUUAGAUCAGGCUGCCCUGCCGGGGAUCACGGUUCCCCGCUCCCCUCACAGCUGUGUAAGGUCACGUGACUGAAUUCUUAGCAGCAGAAUAUGAGGGUAAUAAUUCAGGCCUGCCCCCUGAAAAUUUCUUGCAUGAUCUUCCAUUUUCAUCUGCUGGCUGGGUGGCCACACCCAGGGUAACUGUACCAUUUUGAAGAUGGUAAAGGUUCACUCAGUUAGGGCCUUGAGUGACUGAGGACUAGGCCUUCCUUUCAUUAACUUCACCCCCAACCCCAGCUGAUUUGACUUUAUAUGAGUAAGAAGUCACCAUAUUUUGAUCACAGAUUUUAUUUCUGAAUUUCUCUUCUCCCUCUAACCUCCCCACCGCCAAAGUCUUGGUGGAGAGUCUGCCUCGUGUUUGAGUAUCUUUGUUGGUAUUUCUCUUAGUAUAGGCCAGUGGUUCUCAAAGUGUAGUCUUGGGUUAGCAGCAGUAGCAUCACUUGGGAUUUUGUUAGAAAUACAAAGUUCAGGCCUCACUCCAGACCUACUGAAUCAAACUCUAGGGGUGGUGUCCAGCAAGCUGUGGUGUAUAGAAAGCCCUCAGAUGAUUCUGGUGCAAAUAAUUAAGAUUUAAGGGUCACUGAUAAAGGUAAUGCCUUUUUCCAGAUGUCCACUUUUGAUUUUUCCCUCAGUCUGGUUUCCAAGUAUACCACCAUCCUUAAGGAAUGUACUCUAUUAAGGGCUUCAGUGCUAGAGCUGGCAAAGACCAGUUUAAAGUGGCCAUAGGUCAAUUCUCUAUGUGAAACAUUCAUCCUUUUCUUUAGGAAUCUUAGGGUGUAGACUAUUCCCAAGUAUACCCCGGUCACAUUUAUUUUUGUUUUUUUCCUGGCAUGUGUUUGGUGUAGAUCUCUGAGCUCCAGAGACUAGAAUACACAGUCCAGUCUCUUAAGGUUAAAUGAAGGGGGAGGGGAAUCAAGCUAGACAUUGCAUUAACAUUUGAGCAACUCUCAAAAGAAUUGUCUUCUUUGUCCUCAACCCUUUUAUAAUUUGAGGGCCUUGGGCUAAAAGAUACAAAGUACCAAUUUUUGGCUGCUUUGCAGUUCCUUGGGGGGAAAACACCUAACUGAAUCUGUAAUGUUACAAGAUUUACAACAUAAUUUGUAUAUGAAUUUGUAUGUGUUGGGGAGAGGAUUAAGGGAUUUAAAUUCCACUAGGAAUCUUAAAAUCUGACUUUGAGAGGAUAUUAUCUUGUAGGUCUUUUAAGAGUUCUGCACUGGUAUAAAGUAGCACUAGUGGUCUGAUAAUUACAACUUUAAAGUUUAUAUUAAAAUCUUUCAAUCUUGUGAAGAUUAAAAUACAUCUCUGCACACCUGGUUGUUGUAGUGGAUAUUCCUGACAGAUUGAUUCCUCAGAGUGAAAUAUCUGGAAGAAUAGCCUAGGUACCUCUUGAAAUUACUAUUCCGGGCCCCAGACCACAGAGAUUCUUCCUUUUGUUCUGGGGUAGCCCUGACAUUGACUUUAAGAAUCUCUUAAUUACUUUACUGUGCAGUGGGUUCAAGGAAUAUCACGUUAGUCCUCUCUACUUGAACUAGUUUAAGUGAAAGGAUGAAUCGUGGAUUCUGUGUUACAUGAUUGGAGGAUAAGUAGAACAUCCAGACUAUGAAGAGGAUUGGGAGGGUCUCCAGGGCAACUGGAACUCAAACUCCAUCCAGACCCCCUCUGUCUCUCCUGUCUGUUUUCUGUCUGUUAGCCUUAUUCUCUGUUUCAUUCCCCUUACGGCCCAGCUUCUUUCAUGGUAUGCCUGCAGAACGUGGCUGCUGAUCAUUCCCAAGGGUUAAGUCUUUCUGCACUGCUCUCUGGGCGUUGUCUUUCAAAUUAGAAAAAAAGAAACAAAAA